CUUCACCAACUUUAUAAAACCCCACACUAGGAGCCCACAGGUUCUUGAAUAGUUGAAUAGUCCCUUGCCAACUCUCUCUCUCUCUCUCUCUCUCUCUCUCUCUCUCUCUCUCUCUCUGUGAGAAGCCAUGGGAAGAGCACCAUGCUGUGACAAAGCUAACGUGAAGAGAGGACCAUGGUCGCCCGAAGAAGAUGCAACUCUCAAGAGCUAUCUGGAAGCUCAUGGCACCGGUGGAAAUUGGAUUGCUUUGCCCAAGAAAGCAGGCCUUAGACGGUGUGGGAAAAGUUGCCGCUUACGGUGGCUCAAUUAUCUGAGACCGGAUAUCAAACACGGUGGUUUUACUGAAGAUGAAGAUAAUAUCAUAUGCAAUCUCUACAAUGAAAUAGGAAGCAGGUGGUCUGUCAUAGCAUCUCAAUUGCCCGGAAGAACGGACAACGACGUCAAGAACUAUUGGAACACCAAGCUGAAGAAGAAACGACUCGCCGGAAAAGUUAAUGUUGCUAAUAACAGCAGCAGCAACACAAUGUCCAGUUCCAACACCCCUGCUCUCCUCGGGUUCGCCAGCAACCAUCCUUCUGGUUUGCCAAAUCUAGACGUGUACCAUUGCGGAUCUUCUGUUUCGGAUAUCCAUGCUUUCACAGUUGCUGAAUGCCAAGUAAUAUACGAUGGAGCAACUACUGCUAGUGUUCACAAUUCGGCAUAUUAUCCUUACACAGGCUUCAAUGUCAUAAAGUCUAAUGAAAUCGACGUGGGUUCAAAGGUAUCGACUUCAAGCAUUUCUAAUUCAUCCAGCAUCUCGAGUUCGUCGUCGUCUUUGGCAAUGGACGACAAGGCUUCGUUGCUCACUUGCAACAGGGGAACACUUGAUGAGGCCGCUGCAAUUAUGGAUUUCGGGUUCGGAUUCCCCUGUGACAUUGUCAACAAUGGUAUCUGGUUUCAGGAGAGAGCUCAGGAGAACCCUCUCAACUACGGCGGCUAUAUUCCAAGUUCUGAUUUUAACUAUAUAUGCUGAAACAAUUUGCAGUACUGCAGUAUAGCUCAAUAUUGAAGUGGCUGAAGGGAAACAUUGGAGGAUUUAAUGGGCACUAAAAUACACGAAGCUUUCUAGGAAUUUUCUUUCUGCAUGCUCCUAGGUUAAUCAAUUUACACCUCUUAACUGCUCUAUGAACAUAUGCUUCGAACCACGUCGUCUACAAAUUGAUUAUAGGUCGGGAUGGGCUCGGGGUCGCUCCUGUGUGUUAGCGUAGAGGACUUGUGAUAGGUUCAACUGUAUUACGAGCUCUGAUCGGAGAUCAUCUCCCGAAUAUCAAGUCGCCUUAGCAUAGGUUUGUACAUGAAUCUCUCUUAGUAAUGAAAUUAGAGCCUCAAUGUAUCGA